CAGGCGCCCUGCUCUGAGGAUGUAGGGCCAGACCUGAUGCUGUCGCACUGCCACGUGGCUCAGUAUUUAUCCUUGUGAAACUCUGUGGAAUAAUCGGAAAGGGAGGAAAGGAUAGAAACUUCUUCAGGGAGCCUUAUAGUCUAGGGCUUAAAAUACUGGUUUAAUGGUGAAGUGAAUUGACAGCAUGACAUAAAUGACCUACUGGAGUAACAAGUUUUAUCUCAGCACUACCCAUCUUUCAGAAAGAUAAAACACAGUCGUGGUGAAAGAGAUUCAGGGCAAAGGGAAGUCCACAGACUGCACCACCACUUCCCAAAGGAUCCAAAUGGACAAGAAGACUUCCAGCAGGAAAGGUCCAGAGUUCUGCUCAUUACGCUAUGGACUGGCUCUCAUCAUGCACUUCUCAAACUUCACCAUGAUAACCCAGCGUGUGAGUCUGAGCAUUGCAAUCAUUGCCAUGGUGAACAGCACUCAACAGCAUGGUCUGCCCAAUGCCUCCACAGAAGGACCUCUUGUGGACACCCUCAACAACCCCAGCAGAUCCAUGAAGGAAUUUAAUACAGGAGCCUCUGUGUAUGAAUGGAGCCCAGAGACUCAGGGUAUCAUCUUUAGCUCCAUCAGCUAUGGGAUAAUAGUGACUCUGAUCCCAAGUGGAUAUUUAGCAGGGAUAUUCGGAGCAAAACAGAUGCUCGGUGCUGGUUUGCUGAUCUCCUCCCUUCUCACCCUCUUUACGCCAUUGGCUGCUGACUUCGGAGUGAUUUUGGUUAUCGUGAUUCGGACAAUCCAGGGCAUGGCCCAGGGAAUGGCAUGGACAGGUCAGUUUACAAUUUGGGCCAAGUGGGCUCCCCCACUUGAACGGAGCAAGCUCACCAGCAUUGCAGGCUCAGGGGCAGCAUUUGGGUCCUUUAUCAUCCUCUGCGUUGGGGGACUAAUCUCCCAGGCCUUGGGUUGGCCUUUCAUCUUCUACAUUUUUGGUAGCAUUGGCUGUGUCUGCUGUCUCCUGUGGUUCACCGUGAUUUAUGAUGACCCCAUGCACCACCCAUGCAUAAGUGUCCAGGAAAAGGACUACAUCGUUGCCUCACUGGCUCAACAGUCUAGUUCUCCCAGACGAUCUGUCCCCAUAAAGGCUAUGGUCAGAUGCCUACCACUUUGGGCCAUUUUCACGGGGUUUUUCAGCCAUUUCUGGUUAUGCACCAUCAUCAUAACAUACCUACCAACCUACAUCAGCUCUGUGCUCCACGUGAACAUCAGAGACAGUGGGGUUCUGUCCUCCCUGCCUUUCAUCGCUGCUUCAAGUUGUACGAUUCUAGGAGGCCAGUUGGCAGAUUUCCUUCUAUCCAGAAACCUUCUCAGAUUAAUCACUGUGCGAAAACUCUUUUCAUCUCUAGGGCUCCUCCUUCCAUCGCUAUGUGCCGUGGCUUUGCCCUUUGUGGCUUCCAGUUAUGUGACAACCAUUAUUUUGCUGAUACUCAUUCCUGGGACCAGCAACCUGUGUGAUUCAGGGUUCAUCAUCAACACCUUAGAUGUCGCCCCUAGGUAUGCAAGCUUCCUCAUGGGAAUCUCAAGGGGAUUUGGGCUCAUCGCGGGAAUUAUCUCCUCCACUGCCACCGGAUUCCUCAUCAGUCAGGAUUCUGUGUCUGGGUGGAGGAAUGUCUUCUUCCUGUCCGCUGCCGUCAACAUGUUUGGCAUGUUUUUUUACAUCACAUUUGGACAAGUAGAAAUCCAGGACUGGGCCAGAGAGAAGACCCUCACCCGCCUCUGAGGAUAUUGACCCGCAAACCAGAAUGCAGUGCUGACCACUAAUUUUAGUGACGUUUUUUACGAAUCGUCAUGCUUCAUAUUCUUGGCCAUAGGCUCAGCGGUUCUCAACUCUGGCUGCGUGCUGGAUCCCGCUGGGGAGUGUCUAAACCACACGGAGGACGGGGCCGCCCAUUGAGACUCGGAAUGAACUGGUCUGUGGGAGAGCCUAGGGGGCCCCAGGUCCUCAGACAUGCGCAGGCUUUCUAGCACGCAGCCAGGGUCGACAGCUGCUGGACACACUGGAAACGUCCAUUCCUGUUGCCUUUGAAGUCUCCUCUUUGGAAAGUACUGGCUGAAUAAAAAAUCUAUGUGAAAAUAAUCACGGAUAAGUCCCUUCAUAGGGGUGAUUAUGGACACAGAGAAGACCUGCUGGGAGCUGUAGUCAUACGGUAUAGAGCUCAGCAUGGAACAGAAAUUUAAGGCUGUAAUCCAUGGGAUUAACUUUUUUAUUAUUUGUAUACAAUGUGUGAAACAUGGAUGUUUAUUUAUGUGGCUCAAUUCUAUUAAAAUUCACAUGCUAAAAUUAAACAGACCAUUUUCAAAUUAUUUAGAUCAGGAUUAUUCCCAUCAGGCGAAACAGAUACCUACUUCUCCUUAGCUAGGUUCCGGGGAUCAAUGACUGGGAAAUGACCAGGCAGAGAUUAAAUGGAUGAGGUUAACUAGACAUCAAGGGAGAGAAAAGACAGAAUUGAAAGGCUCAAGGGGAGGCAAGAUGAACACUUCCAGAAGGUACAAGGAGAUAGUUUGGAUCAUGUCAUGAAAAUUGAAGGGAGACAACAGAGGCACUUUUAAAUGAAAUCAUGAUUUAUAAGGAGAAGAAUACUGAAGGUAUAACAAGAUGGAAGACACUGUACAAUGACUCGCGUACCAGAGAAGUUCCUUUUUCAAGACUGAAAAAGAUCGUUUGACCUUCUUUCUAAUUUCCCAGGACUCAAAUAGUCAUCAUUGUCUCCAACAGGACAUAAAUGGGGUUCCUACCUCUUAAGACACAUCCUCCAGGCUGUGAGAGCUGGUUCAUACACAGAGCUGACGCCAGUUUCGCUGCAACUGUUCUAGAAGAGACAUUCCCGCCAUCUUUAAAAGCCCCACAGAACCACAGGGAUGAAAAUUUGGGCUAACCUAGCACAUGAAGAGAAUCUCCUGACACAAAUCAACAGGUAUUUUUGAGCAGGUGUUUCAAAGAAAACAGAUAGCCAGGCUCUGAGGAUGAUGCUAAGAUGAGAAAACUCUCUCUGUCUCUGGGUAUUUUACAACAUAGAAAAGAAGGGGA